AUAAACUGAUUAAGGGCAGCAAGUCGGCCUGUCAAGGCAUGAAUGCCUUUGACCGACGUGGGAGGAGUAAAAUCUUGGAUGACCUUAAUCUUGGCGGGGUUAGCUCCGAUGCCUCGUUGACUGACCAUGUAUCCGAGGAACUUUCCAGACUUAACUCUGAAAGUACAUUUCCUAAGAUUAAAAACCAUGGAAUAAUCACGAAGAAUGUUGAAUAUUUCUUGAAGAUGAUGAACAUUGUCGGCAAUUUUUACCGAUUUGACAAGCAUGUCGUCGACAUAAACUUCCAUAGUGCGCUUGAUCAUACUAGAGAACAUCUUGUUAACAAGACGUUGGUACAUAACCCCAACAUUCUUCAACCCAAAAGGCAUCAUGUGGUCGCCCUGUUCUGCGACUACCAUCCAGAAAAGUUUUCCGACCAAGGAGAUCCUCGUAUAGUAGAUGAAUGGGUUCAGGGUCUCGAGAUUAUUUUUGAGGUCAUGAACUGCCCUGAUCGUUAUCGCAUGUUAUGUGCCAAGAUCCAGCUGACCGGUGAUGCCCGACUCUGGUGGCAAGCCUAUUGGAGUAUGCGUCCCGGUGAAAAAGACGGUUGUGCGUGGGACCAGUUCAAGGAGCUGAUCCGAGAGAAGUAUUAUCCCUCGUAUUACCGAGCAGACAUGGAGCGCCAGUUCUUGGCACUCACCCAGGGUACUCGUUCUGUUGACGAGUACGAAAGAGAGUUCACCCGUCUCGGAGCCUUU